AUGGAGAGCGGCGGGGCGCUGAACGGCUCCGCCGCCGCCGGGCGCUUCGCGGCCGCGGGCACGGCAGCGCUGGGCGCGCUGAUGGCCCUGCUCAUCGCCGUCACCGUGGCUGGCAACGCGCUGGUCAUGCUGGCCUUCGUGGCGGACUCCAGCCUGCGCACCCAGAACAACUUCUUCCUCCUCAACCUGGCCAUCUCGGAUUUCCUCGUAGGUGCCUUCUGCAUCCCCCUCUACGUGCCCUAUGUGCUGACGGGGAGAUGGAUCUUCGGGAGAAGCCUCUGCAAACUCUGGCUGGUGGUUGAUUACUUGCUGUGCACCUCUUCGGUCUUCAACAUCGUACUAAUUAGCUACGACAGAUUCCUCUCGGUGACAAGAGCGGUCGCCUACAGAGCCCAGCAAGGCAACACCAGGCAAGCAGUGCUGAAGAUGGUGAUGGUGUGGGUGUUGGCAUUCCUGCUCUACGGACCUGCCAUUAUCAGCUGGGAGUACAUAUCAGGCCAGAGCAUCAUCCCCACUGGGGAAUGCUAUGCUGAGUUCUUCUACAACUGGUAUUUCCUCAUGACAGCCUCCACGCUGGAGUUUUUCACCCCUUUCAUCAGCGUGAUGUUUUUCAACCUGAGCAUUUACCUGAACAUCCAGAAGCGCACCAAAAUGCGCCUGGAUGUUUUCCACGAAGUGCACAACCAGUCCUUCACUGAAGAGAUGGAAAGGAGCCCAGAAGCAAAGCUUUCUUUGAAAUGCUGUAAGUGGGAGCAGAAGGAGUCAGCUGAAACCCUCGACCGCUCUAAGAGCAAAGCUCAAGCAGCAGCCUCCCCUUCCAGCCCGGAUGCCAAAGACCUGCUGGAAACGAGCUCGGAGAGCUCCAGGAAACCCAAGUGUUGCAACAAAAAGAGCUGCAGAACUUCAACCUCCACUCUGUCCUCAGAGAAACGGGUGAAGAUCGUGUCCCAGAGCACAACUCAACACUUCAGGCUCUCCAGAGACAAGAAAGUGGCCAAAUCACUGGCAAUCAUUGUGGGCAUUUUUGGGAUUUGCUGGGCACCGUACACUCUCCUGAUGAUCAUCCGCGCGGGCUGCCACGGCCAGUGCAUCUCUGAGUUCUGGUAUGAGACUUCUUUUUGGCUGCUGUGGAUCAACUCGGCUGUCAACCCUGUCCUAUACCCUCUCUGCCACUCCAGCUUCAGAAGGGCUUUUAUUAAACUCCUUUGCCCCAAGAAGCUGAAGGUUCAGCCUCACUAUGCCCUUCAGAACUACUGAGGGUGAAGCCAGCCCAGUGUGAGGAUGAGAAAAGCUUUGGUUGAAUUCUGCUGUACUGGUGUGGGACUGGAGCUUGUUUCCCUGGAAGAACCCAGGAGCAAUGGUGUGGGGCAGGUGAGGAAGGCAGAAGAGAGCCCACUAUUAACUUGUUUUAGUUCAUCAACUACAAAAUCCCACCGCAGAGAAGGAUAAAGGGGUUUAUUGACAUUAACCACGGGUAGUGAAAUCUGUGUCCGCCACUUGCAGGUGCCACAAAAGAGCUCUGCUGCCACCUAGUCAGCCUGAGCAGCACCAGCAUUUUGCUCCGAUAAACUGAAAA